GUGACGUUUGAGUAAUAUUUGCCUUUGCCUUUGUGGAAUUUAAUCAAACAUCUUACUUUUAUAAAUCGGAUCACACUCUCCUCUCUCUUACAAGUUACAACCCUUCAUCCUCUCUCCUCCUUCUUCUCCGAGCGGAGUUCCAGCUCUCCGUAUUCCAUUGGAGAUGGCAAAGUCUACUCUGCCGUUGGCUUUGAGGAGGAACUGCAAUCUAGACCUCUGUCUUUUCCCUCUGGGUUCUCGUCCUUCAUCCGAUUCCGACAACUCUUCCCUGUCGGAAGCAUCCAUUAGAACCCAACGACAACAAGAACAAGCACAACAGCAGAAGCAGCAGCAACUAACCAUAUUUUACAACGGGCGGGUUUGCGUCUGCGAUGUAACCGAUCUUCAGGCAAGAGCUAUCAUCUGCAUCGCGAGGCGAGAAAUGGGGGAAAGAAUGACCACCCCUCGAUCUCCUCUCUCUCCACCUCUGCAAUCUCAGCUCCAGAGCCUACCGGGGCUGUCGAUGAAGCGAUCUCUGCAACGGUUCCUGCAGAAGAGGAAGAACAGAAUGCAAGAUGCAUCGCCUUACAAGCAUUAACCAGGUUAAUUUGCAUUUGGUGGUAUCAUCACAGAGGUGUUCGACUGAAUCAGAUUCUUGUAGUUUUUUGCUAUGACUGCUUCAUCGCAGUAUAGUUUUGUAAAUUAUGUAGUGCCGAGAAUGGAUAAAGAGUAAAAUACUAUAAUUUUUUGUC